GUGGCACGCUGUCGGUGGGGAGCAGCGGAUCUCUGUGUUGUCUGUCGGCCCCCGCCCCUCACGCUUGCCAUGUCUGUCCUCAUCCUCAGAAAUGUUUCAUUUUAACGGGCACUUUUUGCAGGGCUGUGCACGUUUCUCAGAGCCAGACUCACUGCACCUUCGCUGCCUUCGUGUCUUUGUCAGAAGUCAAGAUAUCUUUUUAAAAAUAAUGUGCAUAUACAUUCAUAUAUGCCAUCAACUGCACGUAGAGUUUGAAUGCGCCCCCAGGUGUGUGUUCAGCUGUGUGUGUGUGUGUGAGUGUGAAAAGAGAAAUAGAAAGCCCGGUCUCCCAAAUGCCCUGGCAAACCUUCCCAACCGGAAAAUCUUAAAUGCAGGCUCAUCAGACUUGAAAUGAAAUGCGUUCUGCUAUCACCCCUACUUUCUAUGCUUUCCUGGCUCUCCCGGAUUUCUCUACAUGCUGGCGAUUCUCGCUGGUACCUUUCAAACCUGAUGUUCUGGUAUCAUUAAAGUGUCAAAAAUAAGCAAAUACACAUAUAAAAUGAAGUACCCCCUGAAUUGGAUGACAUUUACAAUCCACAAAUGGAAGCCUAGUCUGUUGAUUUAAAAAAAGUAAUUUUUUUUCAUAGCAUCUGAGGAAGAAUAUUGCUUAUUUUCCUUAAGGAAUUUACAUAACCUUAUUGAUGAGAUGCCUCUUUCUCCCAAGAAGGUUGCAGGUUUCCCGGGUCAAAUAUAGAGACAUAGGCUUACCUUUAUUGACAACAUGGAUAUAUUGUUUGCCUUACUUCUGGCUUCUGAUACAAGCACUCUGUUAUUGUUCUAGCAUUUUAGAAAACUGUGUGGUUCUGAUGUCAGUGGGCUUCGCAACUUAGGUGGGAAAAUUGAAUGAAACUUUUUAUACACCAGAGUUCUUGUGAAGAGUAAAGUGGCAGGAACAUGAAGUUAAUAUGGCAUGAGCACCCAGAUGAGCGGUAUUUUAAGUUAAUAGGUGAUGACAGAAUUGAUAAAAUUGAAGGAUUUUGCUACUGUCUUCCUAACUACAUCUUGUUGGCUGGAUGACACGUGUUACGUAAUAAUACAUGGUCCCUUGGAGCCCUUUACUUCCUAAAUGCGAGGAUUUCAUGUAAGGUUGAGUAUUUGAUUGUCUCCAUUUGUAUUUAUUGAAUGGGGGGGUGGUUGUGAGUCCAUAUUAAAGAUACUUUUGAAAACUUAAGAGUUCUACCUAUCUUUGUUAGUUGUCCUAGAGCAUUUCCUCUUCCUCAUGCAGAUUUAGCUGAAGGAGGCAUUUAUAUUCUGUGAGUGUCGAGCAGAGACAAUAAGGAUAAAAUGUCUGAGAUGCUACCCUCACCAAGUUACCGUAAUAGUUCAAUAGAUUUAAAUCUGCCUUAGAAACCCGAAUGAUCUGUACGCACUUCAACUUUCUCUGGUAAGUUAAUUUGCAGUCCUGACACGCUUCCCUGUUUUAGCUAACGAGGUACAUGGUCAUCUCUCCAGGGCCAAGUUUUGCAUAAUGAAAAAAAUAACUCAAAGACAGCUCUCUGCAUCUUUAAGCAAUCCAUGGGAUCUCAUUUUAGUAUCUGCAGGACUUUGGAGUAACACAGCACAAACUCUGCUUUUAUAAAAAGACCAUUUUAAUAGGUUUUAUAAUGAAGUGUGAUCAAGCCAGCUGAUAACUCCAGUUAAACAUUCUAUCAGACAAGAUCUGAAGGAAUGCAGGCAGUAGGGACUGAGCUGUUUAAUGUGGUCCAAGGAUCUUAUAAAGGAAGCUAUCCUUGACAAUGACUUUAUGAAGAACUUGGAGCUGUCACAGAUCCAAGAGAUUGUGGAUUGUAUGUACCCAGUGGAGUACGGCAAAGACAGUUGCAUCAUCAAAGAAGGCGAUGUGGGGUCCCUGGUGUAUGUCAUGGAAGAUGGUAAGGUUGAAGUUACAAAGGAAGGUGUGAAGCUGUGCACGAUGGGUCCAGGAAAAGUAUUUGGGGAGUUGGCUAUUCUUUACAACUGUACCCGGACAGCGACCGUCAAGACUCUUGUAAAUGUGAAACUCUGGGCCAUUGAUCGACAAUGUUUUCAAACAAUAAUGAUGAGGACAGGACUCAUCAAGCAUACCGAGUAUAUGGAAUUUUUAAAAAGCGUUCCAACAUUCCAGAGCCUUCCUGAAGAGAUCCUUAGUAAGCUUGCUGACGUCCUUGAAGAGACCCACUAUGAAAAUGGGGAAUAUAUCAUCAGGCAAGGUGCAAGAGGGGACACCUUCUUUAUCAUCAGCAAAGGAAAGGUAAAUGUCACUCGUGAAGACUCACCAAGUGAAGAUCCCAUCUUUCUUAGAACUUUAGGAAAAGGAGAUUGGUUUGGAGAGAAAGCCUUGCAGGGGGAAGAUGUGAGAACAGCAAAUGUAAUUGCUGCGGAAGCUGUAACCUGCCUUGUGAUUGACAGAGAUUCUUUCAAGCAUUUGAUUGGAGGAUUGGAUGAUGUGUCUAAUAAAGCCUAUGAAGAUGCAGAAGCUAAAGCAAAAUAUGAAGCUGAAGCUGCUUUCUUCGCCAACCUGAAGCUGUCUGAUUUCAACAUCAUUGACACCCUUGGAGUUGGAGGUUUUGGACGAGUAGAACUGGUCCAGUUGAAAAGUGAAGAAUCCAAAACCUUUGCAAUGAAGAUUCUCAAGAAACGCCAUAUCGUGGAUACAAGACAGCAGGAGCACAUCCGCUCUGAGAAGCAGAUCAUGCAGGGGGCUCAUUCUGAUUUCAUAGUGAGAUUAUACAGAACAUUUAAGGACAGCAAAUAUUUGUAUAUGUUGAUGGAAGCUUGCUUAGGUGGAGAGCUCUGGACCAUUCUCAGGGAUCGAGGCUCAUUUGAAGAUUCUACAACCCGAUUUUAUACAGCAUGUGUGGUAGAAGCCUUUGCCUAUCUGCAUUCCAAAGGAAUCAUUUACAGGGACCUCAAGCCAGAAAAUCUCAUCCUAGAUCACCGAGGUUAUGCCAAACUGGUUGAUUUUGGCUUUGCAAAGAAAAUAGGAUUUGGAAAGAAAACAUGGACUUUUUGUGGGACUCCAGAGUACGUAGCCCCAGAGAUCAUCUUGAACAAAGGCCAUGACAUUUCAGCCGACUACUGGUCACUGGGAAUCCUAAUGUAUGAACUUCUGACUGGCAGCCCACCCUUCUCAGGCCCAGAUCCUAUGAAAACCUAUAACAUCAUAUUAAGGGGGAUUGACAUGAUAGAAUUUCCAAAGAAGAUUGCCAAAAAUGCUGCUAAUUUAAUUAAAAAACUAUGCAGGGAUAAUCCAUCAGAAAGAUUGGGUAAUUUGAAAAAUGGAGUGAAAGACAUCCAGAAGCACAAGUGGUUUGAGGGCUUUAAUUGGGAAGGCUUAAGAAAAGGCACCUUGACACCUCCUAUAAUACCAAGUGUUGCAUCACCCACAGACACAAGCAAUUUUGACAGUUUCCCUGAGGACAGUGAUGAACCACCACCUGAUGACAACUCAGGAUGGGACAUAGACUUCUAAUGUAUUUCUCUUACCUGCUUCUGCCUUGCUGAAGACAGCUUUUUCUGAGACAUAGCUGCCAGCAAACCUGAAGGAAAGAGAGAAGACUAGUGCUCGGGGUCACCAUGAUGCCUUUGAUCGAUGCUGCUCCAGUAACUACAGUGGCAUUAGGACUUAUUGCUUAGAUGACAGUAGUGCUCUUUACAUGUUUUCUGUUUGAACCUAAAAACAGCAGUUGACAUGGUGGUCCUGAAGCAAAGCCUUUUACCAGUAAAGAGAUGUUUUCUAUUGUUGCAAUGAUCUUGCUUUGCUCUGAUUAUAAUUUGAAAGACUGUAGGAAACACUUCAAUCUAGUGAAAAGAGUCAGUACCUUGCUAGAAUUAUCAAGAUCAAAAAAUAAUAUAUUGGGUACGAUAGAUUACUAUGGUACAAAAACUGAACUCUUCCCUUUCUUCAAGUGAGGGCUGUAGGAUAUAUUACUGCAAGCUGGUGUAUAUACCGCACACAAGAGGACCACACAUCUGUUGGUCAGAGUUCAUGUCAAACCAGUGCUAGAAGUUUCAUGAUUUUAUUUCCCAGCAGUGCUGAUGACGAGACUGAAUGUUACCUUUCCUUUCUGACAGAUUUAAAAAAUUGAUAUGAUAAAAGCACAACUGCUAUGGAUUCUGCUGAGAACUCUCAUAGCAGGUAUAUAUGCGUUUUCACAGAGGACUGAAGAAAAUAAUGUGCAUGAUAUUUUUUUUUCUUUUUGAUAAAUUGGCAUGACAGAGUGGGAAAAAAAAAAGCACUUCACAAACCAUUUCAUAUUUUUUAAAAUAGUGCGCUUAAAGAUGGUCCUAGAAAUAAAUGACUAGCAGCCAAUUGGUUUUUAUUUAUUACCUAACACACCCUCAAACUGAGGCUUAAAAUAUUCCCUUUUAUAAAAAUAAACCCUUAGGGUAGGGUGGGGUGGGUUGGAGAGGGAUUAAGAUCCAUCCAAAAAUAUAAAAAUAAAAAACUAUAUAGGUGCUAUGUAUAUCUUUCAUCUGUAAAUGUCAGUGUCUCAACAGACCACACAAAUUCUAAUCAUUACAUGUGUAGCCAGAGAAUCAAGCAUUUUCACCAAAUUUAUCAAACCAAACUCCUCUCAGAUUUCACUUAGAUAACACCAUAGUCUAGGGUUGAGAAAGUUGAUUAAAAGUAUAUUUGAAUUAGCUUCUUGUCUUAGGCCUGAACCAGAAAAAAAAGAAAGGAAAAGAAAGAAGCAAGCACAAAAUCAUUAAGAAUCACUAGGUGAGAAAACUUACCUUUGUGAGGUCAGGGAACAAGAUAAGAACCUGGCCAGGUGUGAUGACCUUUUUGUUAAUGGGCAAUGUAAGUCCAUCAGCAUGUGAAAGUAGGAAUGGAGUAGAGAGAAAAACAGGAACCUGAUUUCUUAAAAGUACAUUGGAGCUAAAUAGAACAGAAUCAUUGCAAUUCCUAAAUAUCAUCCUAGCUAGGAAAAACUAGAUUUGAAAAUAUCAAGUUGAUUUGCUUUUUCACAUGGGGAAAAGAAUCAGCAAUUUAAACUGAAUCCUUUGUUGGCAGGCCAGUUGACUGUUAUUAACUGGCAUAAGUAGCAGAGCCAUUUGGAAGUUUUCCUGGACAAAUAGUAUUAUAUACUUCCUUAGACAAAUGCAUAAUUUUAGGAGCUGUCAUCUUGAUUUGGAAUUAUAUGAAUUUAGUAUAUUAAGUAGAUGUUUGCAUUUCUCCAGUAGUUUUUAAAAAUACAGAUAUUUCUGCAAAACAUAUGUCCACCUAGAUCAUUAUAUAGUAUCCAAGAAGGCAUAUAUUAUGAUUUUUGUUUGAAUUUUUCAUACUAAGACCACUUUAGAAUAUGAUAUCUUAUCAAAAUAUAAAAAUAUAAGAAACAUUUGGAGAAUAAAAAUACUAAAGGCACAUUAUAUAUAAUCAGGAUAAAAAAUUAAAACUCUGACCCUAAGAUAGUAUUAUUCUUAUAUUAUUGGAGUUUCCCGGCCUUCUCAAAAUUCAACUAUUCCCCAAGAUACCCACUUUCUUCUACAGACUCUAGAAUAUAAAAGUAAACAUAAAAACCCCAAAUCCAGCUAUGAAUGCCAUUUCAGAAGUUUAAUAUUGAUUUUAAUUGGGCUUUUAAAAAUAUAUAAUGUUAACAUUAUAGUCAAUGUUCAGUGAUUUAAAAAAAAAAAAAAGGAUUGACUGUGAUUAAGCCAUGCUAAAAAUUUAUCUAGACUAUUAAAUUUACCUAGUCAUUUUAAGUAAGAGAAUCUUCUCCUGCAACUUUUUAAACAUCCCAAUAGCCAGAGAUUAACACUUACUACAGAUUUUGGAACUGUGGUUCAAGUCUAAGACAACCAAUAUGUACAAGUUCUAUGGAGAAUGAAAAAGCAACAUCAGUAUAAUGUAACUGUAGGUUGUUUCUCCCACCUGUUAUUGCAUCUUUGUUCAUUUCACCUGUGGCACUGCAUUAGGAUGUCUAAAGCAAUCACCAAAAAAAUAAAGGUGAACUACAUCUUUCAAGAAUUACUAAGAGAAAACAUUCAUCUAAUUUUCAACACUGAGUUUUAAAGAUUUAAAUCUUGUCUUAAUGAAGACAUUAGGGCUAAAUUCAUGGUCAGCUUCAUAAAGCACAUCUCACUUUUAUUUCUGAAUUUUUCAUCCCCCCUCUAUUUUCUUAGACUAAAGAAUAUCUGGAUUAAUUAGAAUAGUGACAACUUGUUUGAUUUCUUAACUGACUUGUUAAAACUUCAAGUAUGGGAAAUAAGGGCUUUCUGUGUGUCUUGACUCACAGGAAAACUGAAAACUGCCAAGGAAAGAAACAUCACGAUAUUUGAAAUACACUGAAUACAUUAGGGAAAAUGAUUUCUGGAAAUUUGCUAUGAAUGAUUUUUAUGUUUGUACCUUCUUUGUUAUUAAUAUAGGAAUUUGACCCAUAUGGCAUUUAAAGAAAAUUUAUUUUGAUUAUAUUCUUUACAAGUAUUAAUUUUUACUUAAAAUUAUGGGAUAUGCAUGUGCAUCACACAUGUAUAAUAUAUAAAUUCAACUAUUGAAUUUUUUCUUGUGUCACUUCUAAAUGACUGAACUGAUGGUGAACUUAAAUUUAAAGCAGUCAGCUACCUAUUGAAAAUACGGAUAUUAGAACUGAUUUCAUACAGUAGAGGUGAUUUGUGCAUUAUCCAUAACAAUGUUUUCUUUCACAAUAGGACCACAGACAAAUAUUUAUGUAAAUAGAUAUUUUUGUGUGAUAUUUUGUGGUACAUAUAACUUUUUUUAGUGUUUCACUGCAUUAUUAUUUCAUUUAAUUUGUACUGAAUAAUAUUUUUAGGUCCAAGUAGACUUGAAUUAAUGUCAUAAUUGUCAGUAUUAUUGAAAAUUAUGUCAACUGUACUGUUAUUCAUCUGUCCCAUAGUUUAGAACAUGACCUGGCUAUCUGGCAUUGUUGCAAGUGCCUUAAAUUCAUGGCAUCCUAUUAAAAUAACAAAUUUGGUGUUAUGCUGCAUGACAAAGACAAACACACCUCAAAAUGUUGUCCUUUCUUAGCUUGCUGCGUUUUACAGUUCUUUCUGCUAACAAUUUAUAAGCUUUUAUUAUAAAAUAUUGAUGAAUUACAGAAAUGAUGAAGUUGUUCUCUUAUUUCUGUUAAAUGUACCAGAGCUGUGUAUCUGUUAAUGAGAUACAGCGUCAUUUCUGUGAAAUGUAUAAAUGUAUGUGCAGGUCAAAUUAAUAUAUGACAUACUAUCAGUCUGUAUACAGGUAUUCCUGUUUUGCUAAGUUGUGCAGAUUCAGUUAAAAAAAAAUUAGUGCAGUCAAGUUCUAAAAUAUCUCAUUUUAUAGAUUCCAUUAACAACACUCCAAUUCAAAUGAAAAAUUGGAAAAUGACUGCUAACCAUGCCUCGUUCUGAAACCAAUGAUGAAAAAAGUAUCUUGGUGCACCACUCAACAAAACAGGAUGCUUUCUCUGAGUUCUUGUAUAUGCAAAUCACUUAUAAAGCAAGUUUUCAACAGACCUAGAAAGCUAAACAUUGAAAGUGUGUUGUUAGCCCUCCUUUUUAUCUGCCCGUGCAUCAACAGAGCUCUGGGACCUUGACAAUGACUCAGAAGUUUGGACUUUCCAAGUAAAGGGACAUUUCUUGAAGCAUCAUCUAUCAAAUUUAUUUCAAUGUAUGAUGUUUUUACAACUGGUCAGUUCUUUUGUAUUCUUACAGCUAUGGUUAUUUGAUUGUCCUCUUACAAUUUGUUCUACAUGAAAGAGUCCUUUGUUAGUCAGAAUGCAACAACUGUCAUCGAAUGGUCACUGACCACUUGCACUCUUUUGAUGUAGAUUAAAAACUUUUUCAUAAACUUAA